GCCGUGCGGACAUGGUGAUUUUUAACCUGACGAAGAGUACGAUGCAACGUGAAACUGCGUGAAGAAGCAACGCGUGGUGCAGGUGCAACGGAUCUGUGCAGUGUUUUGUUAGCAAUCGUUAUUAUUGAUCUGCGAUUUGUGUUAACUUACAUUUGCGGGAAAAGCUUCGGUGAUCGAGUGUUUAUGAGCUUUUUUUUUUAGGAUAGUGAAUAUUUCUCUACCAAAGUUGUUGUUUCAUUUGUUUUAUUCGGUGACCUAGUAUUUGUAUCCGGUGAAAGGAUCGGUUGGUUGGUUGAUCGGUAGUGCAUAAGAAGCGUGAGGGUGAAAGAAACCCAAAAAAAGCCAGCAAAAAUAAAUUGAUCGAACAUCGAGCGUGCGAAGAGAGGAGGUGUUCAAGGAUUUCGAGCUUAGAGCUUUCGGACGGGACCGUGUUUUUUCUCCCUUCUUUCCGGAGGUUGCUUACAGUGUGCGCCAGUGUCCAGAAAAUAGAUGAACGGCCAUUAAAGGGGCUGCGUUCGGAUAUAUAGAUGCGAGAUGAAGUGGAACGACCGUAAAAUAACGACCUUGCUGUCGUUAUUUAUCAUCACUAGCUUAUGGACGCUCAGCGAGGCUUACCGGGGAUCCGUCCGAUUUACAUCGGGCAGCCAAAGCGUUGAGUCACAGAAUGUACGCGAAUUAUCGUCAUCUUCCGGCGAAGAACCCGCGACAGCACCGAGAGCGCGUUCUGUUCGAAGGCGCCCAACAUCCACAGCCACCACUCUACCGGUGGAAUCUUUCACGAAAGCCACCGGCAAAGAGCGAAGACGUGGCUUUCGAGAUGAAUCCACAACACCGUCAACCAGUGUCGACAAUGUGGAUGUACUGGGAUCAUCCAGUCGCACGGCUGGUGUGAAUCCACGCCCGAAGCAAAACAGUGCUUUCUCGUUGCGGUCUGAAAUUAUCGCACAAAAUGCGUUCGAAAGACGUAUUGAUAGUGGCGGAGAGCAAGCAAAGGAAAACCUUCCUGCGUCCAGACGUCGAGGCAAGAGCAGAAAUUUGGAAUCAGAACCACUAGCCACCGUUUCAAGUAGCGACGUAGCAAGCGAGCGGGGACAAACGAAACGAGUCAAUGCGUUAACAACUUUAAGCCCGAACCAUUCGAAUGAAGUGCUGCGGGAAGAAUUAAGAGCCCCGGCCCAGCGUUUUAGCUUGCGCGGAGCAACAAAAGGGUCGAACCCGGCUGCUGCAGCGGCCAGGCGCGAUGAGGGCUCUUCGGAGGAAAACUAUCCCGAACCGUUUAAGCAGCUAUUGAAAGCGCAGCUUAAUGAUGAUAAAUUGAAGACAGUGUACGUGAAAAAUUUGGAAACAACCGCUACCAAGAAGCUGCCCGAGCGUAGAAAAAUCCAAUCGGCAACCGUCGCCAGCACGCCGGUCCCAUCAACGGCGGAACCCUCUGUCACUGCUAACAAAUCUAAUCAAGAUGGUGCUGCUCGACGCGUGCAACAACCGAAGCGACCCGUCAUAAGGGAAAACAAAUUUCAACAGCAGCGUACCACCGUGGCGUUACCGAAAUACAGCGAAGAGACGGUUAGAAGUUCGCAGUUUUCCGAAACGAACAAUACCUCCUCUGAGACCGUUCUGCAAACGGUGCGUUCCAGCAGCAAAAGCGGCAGCUCGUCCGAAACGUCCGCCGAGCAGCUUUUGUCCGUACGGCAGCUUAGCGUACGCGCACGGUACAGCGAACGAAAGGAACAAUCAUCGAAGGAGAGAUUUAGCAAUGCGGCGAAAGCUUCGACAGAGGUUGAGGAGAUCAAACCGACCACCGGCCCAAGUGUCCGACGGGGUGUGAUCGAAGCAAGGAAGCGGGUCGCAAAUCCAGUCGACCGUCAGCAAUCCCGUGGCGCUGUUCGGGUGUUAAGUACGACUACGCCAGGACCAACGACAACGGUGAAGUUGAUCACGCCCCGACCCGUUCGAACGUACACGCGAAAACAGAACACCUUGAGCUAUCUUACCUCGACUACCACCGAGGCGACCACCACGACACGGAAACCAUUUUCACCUGCUCCGCGGGCAGGAUCUCUGACGCAGCGAAAGAGCCCGGAAAGAAGCGCGUCAAGAUACAGCACAGAACGAAGCGUGAGCACAGUGACAGCGGACGAUCGUGUUAACGAUAUAGGGAAUUCGCGUGAAGUAACUCAAACUGCUGCGGAUGAGCUUGAAGCGGGACCUCAACAAAUCUCGUUGCUAUACACAAACCCGGUAGAAUAUCUGCGAAGAAAGCAAAACCUGGCAACAUCUACCAAGAGUUCGCCAGUCAAAAGUACAGCCUCUACCACACGAUCGAGCGAAAGCUUUACAAAGGCACCGGUAAAGCACGUGGGACGUAAAGUGUCGUUACCUACCACUACAAGACCUCCGGUGGCAAGAGUAACCGGUAGUAAAAGUAGUUCCAGUAACGGGUUGAAACGGCUCUCAUCUUAUUCGUCCAUUCGGUCCAAUAAAAAACCUGCUGUAUAUACGCCGACAAUUCCCACGUUCACGACGCUUUCCACGGUAAAGGUUAUCCCCGAUGGUCAAAUUAUACAAAAGCCCGCUAACUCCAGCACAAAACUGCCAAGCCGCAUCGCUAGCCUAUCUUCCCACUCCACCACCGCUGCACUAGCUAACGAAAUCGAUAUCGACGACGAUGACGAUGCCGGUGCCGAUGAUGAUGGCAGUAGUAGAGUCGCGAUCAAGUCCACCGACCGUCAGUACGAUCGGGAAGACGCGGAAGAUUACGUCGAAAAUGAGCUGCAGCUGGAGGAGGCCCAACGCAAGCUGUCGGCGGCAGCGAUCGGCGGAGCGAAACGGUCGAGCGGGGGCACCGAAAAACAGAUCGCUCCCGUGUCGUCCGGUUUGAUGCAGAGCCACAUCGACAUCGACACACCGGGCCAUCGGGUGCAGGACGUGCCGUCCGCCGUGACCGUGUCCAUAUUCAGCGCACUGUCCGAGAUCCUUUCGCAACCUACCGAAAGUUUACAAUUUUUGUCCUCCAGCACCGAUGCACCCACUUCUACGUCUGCAUCUUCAACAAGCACCACUUCAACUUCUACCACAACCACCACCACUACCACUACCACUACCACCACCACCACCACCACCACUACGACUCCGCCUCCUCCAUCACCAGAAUCGUCUUUACUUUCUAGCAAGAGCAACGACAAGGUACUGGAAAUGGUGGGCAUCCGUUCUGCCUUUGCUUCCGACGUACCGCCUGUGAGCGCGGGCGAUACGUUUGUACAUACUGCUAUCAGCUAUCUGGCCCCAGCUACCGAUAACCCGAAUGUAAAUAAAACCGAUCUAACCAUUGCAAGCACACGGAUCGCGGAGGGGAACGUGACGAUUAGGCAACACGCGUUAGCAAGUUCGGGAGAGACCGCAUCGACACAGGCGACGCCCGGGUCGUCCGAGCUGGAAGCAGAAACGAACUGCGAUCACUGCGCGGAAAACGAUAUCGAAAACCGAAUUCUCGCGGAUGCGUUCCCUUGGGAGGAUGAGGACCGAUCGCUGGUGGGCAGCACGGUUAGUGAGUCGUUUCUUGCUACUGCGCCCACCGUGCCCGCCGGCUCAUCGUUCGACGCUCGUGUCCUGCUGAAGGGUACCGCUGCUGAUGCUGAUGCUGAUGUUGUUCCUUUAUCCAUUACACAGAGACCGUUAGUGCGUGCAGCAGAAACGGAAGCGAUGGAGACUGUGACAGCGACACCGACAUCGACGCCGACUACUACUACUACUACCACACCACUGCUCACGACCGCGAAUGCGAUCGAAGAACGGGACCUCCCGGAAAUGACUACCACUGUGCCAACCAUCCCUACAACCAGCGCUGCAGACCGUGCUGAAUCCGUGUUUAUUGUAACCGCUUCAAAUAACGAUGGCUUACUAAUAGACGAUGCUUCUGCUUCGACCACGACCUCAUUUUCGGAACACCUUACCACAACUCCUUACUACAAACCCACCUUUCCAACACAUUCCUCGACCACUGAACAAACCACCGCAACCGAUGUGAGCGACCUUAUGGAUGGUACCACCACCAUCACCACCACCGAUUUAGCCAAAAUUGGAACCGAACCGUCGUCGUCCGAAUCCGUCCACACUGCUUCGACAACCGUAGUUGCUUACACUAAUCAUAGUUCCACAUCCGGCGAGCUCGGCAAUGCUCCGGUGGUAGAUCCACGCCGCCCAUCGACCAGUAGUAGUACACCAUCCAUCAUCACUCCCAUCAUCACCCCAAUCGCUUCCACCACCACUACAUCUACCACCACCACCACCACAACCACCACUGGUUCGAAUCAGACGAGCUCCACCGCAUACGUUACGUCACCACCAAUGACCGUAAGUAAGACACUUCACUCUUUCCCAUCCGUUUCCGAUCUGCUGGCUCGGCUCGGUUUUGCCAAAUCUCUCGAAACUACCACCGACGCGUACCGACCGAGAUUCAAAAUGCGCAUACCGGUCCGGCCAAUUGGUUUCCAAGAUCCGGCGCCCUCUCGCAAUAGAACUUCGCUUGCCUCGUACACGACUAUGACACUGUCGAGCACCACCGACACUACCGUUCGGGACAAACCGAUGGCGAGGUCCUCUACUCCCGUAACGUCCUCUAGCACCACUACCACCACCACCACGUCCACUGCUACCACCGCUAGUCCUGUGGCGAGCACACCCCAUCCGGACAGGAAACGAUCGCGCGGGAUCGUCGUGUACGGCAUUCUGCCAAACAAUACCGUCAUACGGCGGGUUAUCGGUGGGGACGAUGAUGAGGAUGUACAGACGACGACGGAGAACGUGCGGAUCGUGUAUGGGAUCUUUCCGAACGGGACGGUGGCAAAACGCUACCCGAACGGUACGAUCGUGCCCGAGGUGAAGCGCCACAAGCACCCGGUGGAAGUGACCAACAUCGAUCCGCGUGAGCUGCGCAACCCCAACAGUGCCAUCUAUCGCACCACGGAACUUCCGCCACUAUUACGAUCCUUGGGUAGCACCACCAUCAGCACUACCACAUUCACCAAGCCAACUGUCCCAAGCACCACCAGUAUUAGCAGCACCACGGCGAAGAGUCCGGUUGUCAAUAGUACCACUACCACUACUACUACCUCUACUACUACUACCGAUCUACCUUCUAGUACCACUUUUUCUACCACAAUGAACCAACCCACGGGUACGACGACUAUUAUCGAAAUAUUGCGCAAGUACAACGAAGAGAACCAGCUGGAUGCGAAGGUGAAGUCGGACAAUGUUUUCAGUUUGGCUGGAGGCAAAGCUAAACCAACAAACAGGACGAACGGACUUACGGGGCCGGUUACCACACAAGUUUCUUCGAUGGAAAGUUCAACUAUUGGCGGAGUUCAUGAAGACGUGCGUGUCUCACGGCCCAACGCACCGGACCUGGUGUAUCGAUGGAAACCGAUCGUGACGACCAGUAACGAAUUGAUUCCUACUACCACCAGCGAGGCAUCGUUCACUACCGGAUCCGCCACACCGAGUGUGUCCGAGAAUACCGUCCCGGAUAUGGUCGGUGUUGGAAAGGGAAACUUUGGUUCGGAAGGAUUACAGUUGGACAGCGCCGAGGACGCGUUCACUCUGCCCAAUAGCGACCAAAAUAGUGACGAGCUAACGCUGGAGAAAGUUAGCGAUUUAGGUGCUAAGAUUGAAGGGAUUUUGUCUCCCAUUUCCGAGCUUAACCUGCUUUCGACGUCAAGCGCACAGUCUCCGGUGGAUGACACUACUUUAUCAACCACUGGGAGGUCAAUGAUCAGCUCGAUUGUUGAGAGCACAGUACCGUUCCAAUGGCCAACCAGCCCACCACCACCAACAACAACACUCCGGGCACCUAUUACUAGCACCACUUCUAGCUCCACAAGCAGCAGCAGUAGCACCACAACGACAACCACCACAACGGCGUCUCCUGUGACCAGGACCACUGCGAUCCCAGCGACAACUAGAAGUACGACACGCAGCAAACCGACCGCUGUCGUGUAUCCUUCCACUACACAAAGAACUCGCACGACGACGUUCUCGGAUGCGGAUGAUUUAGCUUUCUUGCGUCAAUUGGCAAGAUUCUUGAACGGAGGACAAUCGUCUAACAACAAUGGUAGAAAAACGACCAAAAAACCUACAACAACUACCACUACCACUACAACGACUUCUACCACUACUACUACUACUACAACGCCAAAACCUACCACGACCACGACCACUACUACCACCACCAGCAGCACGACCACACCCAACCCCACAACGACGCCCGGCCUAAGCACCGUCAUCAUUGAUAAGGAUGAUCCAGCCUUUCUGAACGACGUGCGUAAAUUGCCCAACUUUGCCACACCGAAUCCCCUCGUCGAUACGCCGCUGGCUAACCGAAUCCUGCAGCUAGCGAUACAGCGCGAUCCCAAGAGCAUUGCGCGAUUGCCCUUGAAAACGGGCAACGAGUUUCCAUCGUACGAGAAGCCACCGCCGCCACGGGCCACCGAGAGUCAGCCGAAAGAAAUGGCCAAACCCACCGUUGCCACCCUGUCGCCGGAGGAAAUAGAGCACACGAAGAAGCAGCUGGACCGGGAGGUGCAGCAGUACAACAAUGAUUUGAAACUUCUCUCGAAUCUGCUGGGACGGCCCAUUACGGAGAAAGAUAUACCGAGCCUUACCAAGCAGCUUGGAACAGGUGGCUCCGGCCCAUUGUUCGCGAAUGCUGGACUUUCGGGGGUGCGCGCGCCAACGACGAGGCCGCCGACGACGACGACGACGACGAAGACGACCACCACCACCACGCGCAGACCAACCUCUACGGCUGACGGUGAGCUGUUGAAGCAGCUGCUUCUUACCCAGCAACAGCAGCACAAUAGCAGCCCGGCAGUUAUCGAGCGGCCAGAGUUUUACGGUAAAACUAAUGAAGCAAUUUUGGCCGCCGUACUGAAGCAGCGCGGCAUAGGGCCGGCCAACACGAACGGAAACAUCGAGGACAUUUUGGCGCAAAUAUCGCCCGGCGUACGGACGCAGCCUACACUGCCGCCGAUAGUCAUCACAACACCGCGACCCACGCCAAGACGCGUGCGUCCUCCCCAGCCACCACCGUUACGCUCACAAAGCCCAAUCCUGGAUGGGUUGAGCUGGCUGUGGCGCGAGUGGCAGGCGACAGCUCCGCAGCCACGUAAUCGCGUUCCCGGCGCUGGAGCUAGCGCUACUCCAAACGCCGUCCGUGUGGGAACGUUUGGAUUGAGCGGCGGCGCUGGCGUUGGCGGUGGUGGAGGACGUACGGCUUCCCUAACCCAAUCGUACAGCGAUGAAGGACUAGACCCGGACGCGAAACCAAUCAACCCCAGCGUGACGGAGGAGCCGGCUUCCUUGUUCGGCGGGUUUGGCAUCAAUCCCGGAGGACAACUGUUGAAUGCUGCGAUCGGUGUGACUCGUGCCGUAUCGCAGUUUCUGGGCGUAGCGCUACAGGGAGCAGCCAAAUCGUUUACUUCCGCCUUUCGGCCACAACCGCUCGGCGCCGGCGAACCGACGGCGGCGGACGACCUGAGCUACUACCGGUACAGUGGGAGAUAGUAAUGACUCAGACGAAGAUUUGCGGAAGAAUGCUACGCUACGCAAAAGAACUCUGCCCAACUUCCUAUAGACAGACAAUUGGGAUCGAUACCGGAUACCGGUCGGAUUCUUGGCGCAGCACAUCCGAUGUAAAUAGCUUUUCGCAGGGGGAAAGCUGGAAAAAAUUUAAUUAAAAAUAAUGCCCGGUGAAUGAAUGCAAUCGUUUUCCGGUUUCGCCGGUAACAAUUCAAUUAACAUGCGGUAGAUGAGUAUAAGAUGCGUACCUCACUAGUUUCAGGUUAGGAGUAGUCAAUAGCGUUAAAGCGGCAUAAACUACCUUUUAAAUAGACUCGUCGGGCAGGUGUAAUGUAGAACGCUCAUACUUGUGGUUAAAAGGGCGCAGACGGCCUUGUGCGCUCAUAAUUGAUAAGACUGUAUCUUGUGAAAAUUGUAGUUACUCGUUACUCGUUGCUGUGUGUGUGUAGUUUUCUAUUUAUUUUAUUUUCUCAGGCGGAUUCGUUGCGGUCCUUCCUGCGGUAAGGACCUGGGCACAUAUGAGUUUAGAUAAUUGUGUUCGUCGGGGAGGGGAAGCUUAACAGUAAAUUGCUCAAAUCUUUGUUCGUUUAACGUUCGCAAAAGCUUUCAUAAAAUGUAAAACCGAUGAGCGAACUUGCGCAAAAGGGUGAUUGUGUGCCAUUUCCGUGGAUAAGCUUCGGAGACGGCAUCGGUAGAUAGGUGGGUCGUAGUUUAUAGGAUGCAUCAAACUCUCGACGGGUUCUCUCUAUCUCUCUAACUACAGCAGAAUGCAACGAAUGUAAUUUCUACAGGGAAGCAUCGUCUUUAAGAGGAAGAUACGCGUAGGCACAUUCAAUUCAAUUGUACAUAAAUAUAUAAAAACGCAUCUGAUAUAAUAAAUAUCCGUUUAAAAUUUAUUGUCUACGCUCUUUUGUUUCUAGCACUUGAUGUGUGUUUUUUACUCUUAUUCUAGCUUCUUAAUUAACGACCUAAGUACACUUAACGGGAUUCAACCCACAUAAUUGAAUUGUUGAAUCAUUAGGGGGAAUGUUUCGAAUAGAUUGUGGAAUAUUGCGCCCAUGUUGUGGAAUUUUCCAAUCAACUGUUUUCCAAGGAAGUAGCUACUAAUUUGAAAUUUUAUACCUUAUUUUUGCAUUUAUCUAUUUACUUUCUUGUUUUGUAUGCCACGUGGGUUUAACAAAAAAUGAAUUCUUAGCCUAAACAUCAGUGUGCUAAGUAGCGCUAGCGCUUGUAGGAAGGGCCAUUCUGGCUAUGGCGUGAACCACGAGUUGGAAUAAGGAGCUGAGGUCUGUCUCGUGGACGUCGGGAGUGCAGGAGCAUCAAAUUCAUUCGAGAAUAGUUCAGCGAUUAAAAAGCAAUCGUUUCAAUACCAAGUAGUCGACAGCGAUGAGAGUAAGGGGGGCCGAAACUACAGCAGCAUAUUCCAAUAUUGCUCGAACCCGGCAGCAGUGUAGUGAUUUGAGACAUAGAGGAUCGCAAAUUUCAGAGGACAGGCGGAUAAUAAAUCCAAGACUUUUAUUUGCUUUAUUGAGCGUGAGCGUGCUAUUUGAUCGCUAAAAGACAGUUUGUCGUCAAGCCAAACCCCAAGAUACCUAGUAUUAUUACCUCUACUCAAUCUGGUUCUGCAAAAGAAAUGGUCCCACAGUACUAGGGAAGACAAACGAUCAAACGAUGUAACACAAUACUUAUCGAAAGAUUGAAGAUUGACGAAUAUUAACACAGCCAUUUAUGGACAAGGAAAUUGGAAGCGCCCUUGAGGAACCCCAGGCGAAGCUUCAAAGGCUUCAGAAAGAGAGUUCUCCUCUCUUACUCUAUAGUUUCGCCCAAAAAAUAUGAACUCAACCAAGAAAGUAGUUGGAUCUCUAAUACCAAGUUUGGAUGAUUUCAUAAUCAACGUCCAAUUCAAAAACAUCAAAGACAUGAGGUUAGUGGACUUGGACGAUCGAUUUGGCAUAAAGCCAUGCUGAUGCAGGGAGGUUACGCUUAGUAUACGAGACAAGACAGAGGAAUGAAGGAGCGACUAGAAACAUUUGUAGCAGAACAGGGGAAGCGAACAAUUAAACCCGCCUGGAAGUGGUGUAUGUAAAGCUUGACAGCGAGCUUCCACAAUCUAUUUGAAACAUUCCCCUUGAAUGAUAUACGGUGGUCUAGUAUUUCUAAGCACAAUUUGAAAUUACCACCAUGAGCUUAACGAUUAAACGAUUCAAAUUUUUAUUUGAAUUUUCUAUGAUCUAUAACACUCUACUCGAUUUUGAAGUGACUUUUCCUCCGGGUUUCAUUUAAGUGUCAUUUAAGCGUACGCCAAUGAGAGGACUUAUGAUCGACCUUAGACUGUUGUUUUAAUGAUUUUGAAUGUAUUUUUUCCAAUCUUUUUCAAAAGUCUGUAUGAAAUCUAUUGCCUUCAUGUGGCAAGCAAGCAUUUGUCAGGGCCCAAAACUAUUCUUGGGGGUUCUCUGUAUUUUGGCCAAAUCUCGCAUGGAAGCACUCAUUUUACGCAUAGAAAACUAAAACUUUUUUCCAUGUUUUGGUUCACAUUUACACAGAUUUACGUCCAGAUUCUUUUCUUGUCUUGAAAGCUAGACUCCUCGCUGUACUUGCGAAUCACCGUAAGAACUACUCCUGGUAGGACAGUUUGAUUUAAGUAUCAAAGCACACUAACUGAUCAUUUCUUUUAACGUCAUAUGUGAAAUUGUGCUUAGACUUUCUGGAACACCGACUACAACAAUGCCAUUAUGUGGAUAGAAACUCCUAUAUCCCAUUACGAUCUAAACUCUCCUACCCGCAACGCCGAUCUAUCCAUAACAACUUAAAUUUUACAUCAUAUUAGUACACGUGACGAUUGGCGGGGAUUUUUAA